AUGGGAGCAUGCACCUGUGGGUUUUAUGGAACCAACUGUGGCCAACGUUGUGCUGCUCGUCACUACAAGAUCAGCUCCAGCUGUGAUGUACAAGGACACUGUGUUGGUGGUUGUGAGGCUGGGUAUCAUGGACAAGACUGUACUCAAGACUGUCCAGCUGGCUUUUAUGGAAGCAACUGCUUUCUGAGAUGCACUGAUAGACAUUGUCAAAGUUCAUCCUGUCUUGGUGAUGGAGCAUGCGGAAUUCAAUGUGAUGCGGGAUGGACACUGCACGACUGCACACAAGAGUGUCCCAAUGGCACAUAUGGCAUCAAAUGUAACUCCGCCUGUGGCCACUGUGCUGAUACCAACACAUGUCAUCACGUCACUGGAGCCUGUCCAGGUGGAUGUCAGGCAGGGUGGCAACUGGACCUGUGUCACACAGAAUUACAGAUGGGUUCAGUAAUCACUCCUACAACAGCUGGUAUAAUCGGCUUAGCUGCUGGAAUAUGUAUCAUGCUGAUUCUGGGAGUUGGACUGCACGUGUGCCUUGUGAGACAAGAGAGGUUUCAGUGGAUAAACGCUUCUCAGAAGGAUGUGGUGAAAGUCGUGGACACACAAGAGCCAGUGGACAGGAACACUGCACAGCAAUCAGACAACUACACAUCUCUAUCCGAGCAGGCUGGUGGUCCCAACAUCUACAACAAUGACUAUGAUGCAGUGGAUGUCGAGGCUAAGGAGAACAGUGACUACGACGUCAUUAAGAACAAGGCUUAAAACGAUUUGUAGAGCGUAGGUUGUAGUGAAAGAUCACCUUACCACCAAAACACAGUUUCAACGCAUGGGAGCGACCGUACCCCAUUCAUGACAACAAUGUGUUAAACCCAUUUGUGUUUCAAAUUUUAGUUACAAUCGUUAGACUGGAAAAGUAAAACGCAUUCACUCGCUUACUGUUCUCCCUAGGUACAUGUGCUACUUUUCAUGCCCAGUUGAUUGGGUUUUAUUAUCAUGCGUAUAUUCAAUAUACUGUGAUUUUUAGGGGCAUUUGACACGUGAGCUUAUGUCAUGGUCAAAUGACCCGUCAUGCUUCGUUUUCGUCGUUAGUGUUAUCGGCACUGUAGGUUUCUGCAUACUAGUAUAUGUUUCACUGCUAUUUUGUAAAUAUUCACUUUGGCCUUGGCUUGCUAAUGUGAGCAUUCCUUAACUCGUAACACGUAACAUUAUUUGGGAUCGGGGAAUCACGGUCAUCCUAAAAGUUCUUGGGAAUUUGUGUACUUUCAGGUGUGUGCUCCUGAGACUUGCUUCUAACAAUAGUCUAAUGGAUAAGAUCAACGUCACUACUGAGGUCAUAGCAGGGUCGAAAUAAUAAAAGAUAUAUGUGGGUCCUUUGGAUGCACUGACUCCGUGACUAGAUACUGUCAUGCAGUAUUAUACGUUACAUUAAGCAUUACAGAAAGAGUACUUGUUUCAUACUUGCCCAUUGGUCAUUACAGAAAGGAAAUGCUCACGUCAACUCGUGUUCAGUAUUUCUCUUUGUUGAGACAGUAUAUUCUUUUGCCUGCAUGAGAAUUUGAAAGCAGAGCUAGAUUCGCUUUCAAAACGUUUUAUGGCAUACAUGUGGAGACUAUUUUUUAAUUCUAAAGGAUUAUAUCCUUUGCAAUUCCAUCUUUUGACUUGUACCAUAUGCUUUGGGGAACAAUUGACUUUUUUUGUAUU